UUUAAGAUUAUGAGAAACCCAUCAGGAAAGCCCUUUUAGGGUUUAGAGUGCUACUCCACUCUCCUGAAUUAUUUCCAGGAUUCUGCUCUUGCAAUUACCGGCGGCAUCGCUCCGUUGUCCUUCCUUCGCUGUGGCUCCUAUUUGCGCAUUCCUAUCUACUAAUUUCUACUUGUUACCCGCCAAUUCCACUUCUCUUGCUCCAGACCUUCGGGAAAAUGCGAAGAUCGGCAACUUCCUUACUCCGAUCCCUGGGAUCUCGAUCGUUUUCUUCGCCAGCAACCUCCGCUUUGCAGGAGAAGAUAAUCGCCGCCGUUCUUUUUGAACGAUUGCCCGUCGUCAUUCCAAAGAUCGAUCCUGUCGUCUAUGCUUUCCAGGAAUUCUCUCUUCGAUGGGGGCAGCAGUACCGGAGGAAGUACCCUGACGAGGUAUUGGGGAGGGGGGAAGCAAGGGGAAAAGGUGACUACCAGAUUGAUUAUGUGCCAGCUCCACGGAUCACUGAAGCUGACAAGACCAAUGACCAGAAGUCAUUAAAGAGAGCACUCGAUAGAAGGUUAUAUCUUCUCCUAUAUGGUAGCACGUAUGGAGCUCCUAACAAGAAACCUGUUUGGCACUUUCCUGAAAAAGUUUAUGAAAAUGAAGAUACAUUGAGAUUGUGUGCUGAAUCAGCACUAAAGUCCGUGCUUGGUGGGCUUGAUCAUACAUACUUUGUUGGGAAUGCUCCUUUUGCGCACAUGGUUAUAGAAACAACAGAAAUCUCCCAUGAUUCUACUCGCUUCAAGAGAUUCUUUUUCAAAUCACAAGUUAUUGGUGUUACCAAAUUAAACGUUGGAAAGUGUGAAGAUCAUGUAUGGGUGACGAAGGAUGAACUGAUCAAGUAUUUUCCUGACCAGGUUGAGUUUCUCAACAAGAUGAUCAUCAGUUAAAAAAUUAUCUCUAAGCUGUUGUUUGAAGGAUUAUUCUCACAGGCUUAUUAAGGCCCGGGGCUUCUUCAUGAUAUCGAAUCUCAGGCCUCUGAUCGUAUUUUCUGAAGAACUACUUCUUGAUAUAAUGGUCAUAUUUCACUCAACCAUUUUGUGAUCCUUGAAAGGGAAAGCAGGUCAACAUUAUAAACAUAUAUUUUUUUCUUCUGGAUAUCAUGCAGAGGAAGAAAAAAAGCCUUUGAUGAAGUGAUUAUGCAUUGCACAUUAUGUAUGUGCAUGUAGUGCUCUUAAUUUAAAUGUUUUAAUUUAAUGAUCUCAUUCAAAUGAAUGAUAAAUAUAACUAUUCUUGAUUUGUGAAAAUGUUUAAGGCUUUGUGUGGGAUA